CCGAGGUCUCCAGAAGAAUCUUCAGAACCCCUUUGUCACUCAUCGAGAGUAAACGCAACUUGCUCUGUGAAUUUACCUGAGCUUUAGCGUGCCUACGAGAUUGUUUUCCCUGUGACCCGAGUGAAGUUGAUUCUGCAGAAAGCGUAGAAGACCGCAGAACUUGUGUCCAGUUUUAUCCUUUGGUUUUGAGGAGAGAUACCCGCGCAUCUAAGAUGUCGGAGCACGUCAAGCAGGUGCCUGAUGUACUAAAUCACGACUUCAUCGACGAAGUCCUCCGGGACGGAAUUGACGGCGGCGCAAUGGAUGAAUUCACCUUCCUCGACGACAACCUUUUCCCAGAACUGGAUCCUUUGUUUGAAAACUCGCCAAUGCCUGAACCCAUGGAACCGACAGCGAACUGGCUCGAGUCCUCUGACUUGCAACACAUGCCCGAGUUUAUCAACAUGCAACCCAUGGACUCCACUCUCCUCGUGCCCGUGCCCGUGGUGGCAGACGUUCCUUCCGGCGUAACCAUCACCGGAACCGAGGCCGCCGUGAACUGGGACUCGCCUGACGUCACCAUCGAAGUGCAGUCCGCCGAGGAGGAGGUGGGGGCAGCCGCCGUACCCAAGGAGGCGCCCUCGGAAGGAGCGAGUUCGAGCGAAAGCAGCGCGUCCAGCGACCUCCCGAAGAAGCGCGGCAGGAAGCGCCUGUACCCUCCCGGCACAACGCCCCCAAGGAGGCGCCGCCCUCGCAAGGUGAAGCUGUACGAGCACGAGACUUUUGAAGACCCAAAUAUGGAGAGGAAGAGACAGAACGCCCUGAACGCCAAGAUCCACCGCGAGAAGCAGAAGGAGAAGAAGGAGGCUCUGCAGGGCCAGCUGGAUGCCGCUAUCCGUGACCGAGACGACCUGAAGCGCCAGCUGGACGAGAUGCGGGAGAGGGAGAAGCUGCUGGUCAGGGAGCUCGAACUGAUUCGGCAGCAGCACAACACCACGACAGUGUUCCCCGUUAAAAUCAUCUACUGAAAAAGCAAAACAGGACCCCAGUUUUCUUUAGUUUCUACUUGGUCAAACAAACAAACAAACAAUAAAACAACACCAAACAACAAAAAUACCCACUAAGUAGGGUAUUAUUCACCCUACUUAGUGCCAGACACCACAUGCACUCUACAAGAUACAUGCACUUACACUACAAAUCGCCACACACUGUAUGUGUGGUUUUUCAUUCCUAUUCUAUAUUGCUAUUUUAACAAAUCUAGUCAUUGUCUGUGAUAAGUUUUGCUUUAAGAAAACGCUUUCUAGUCAAGUCUGUGAUAAUUGAUGCCUUAAUUUCUCUCAUUAUGUUCAUGAGAAUGUCAUGUUAGAUGGCCUCACUUCUUGGUAUCCAUGAAAAGGAUCUCGGAUCAUUCGCUCUCUUAAGUAAAUUAACUUUACUGUAUGAACCUUUUCUUUUACACUUACAGGUUGCGGAAGAAGGAGAGGGAGAGAGAGAGAGAGAGAGAAAACUUCAGUUCAAGGUGAACCAACACUGCAGCCAGUAAGAACGUCUAACGGUCAAGAGGAGAGACAUCGCUUGAACACUAUUGUCAUUAUGGCCUCAUCACCAUCAUUAAUCAUCUUUUAUAAUUUAAUUCUCAGAUUUAAGUUAGCUUAUUGUUUGUCUAUAUAUAUAGAUAGAUCUCUCGCUUAAAUUGAUAACUUGAUAAUAUCAUUAUAGUUUGUUGUUUUUAACAGAAGUAGAAGACUGCAAAAUUAAAGGUUUGUCGGGGGGGUUCUCUUUUUUUUUUUCUUUUUUCUUUUGGAAAACUAGAAUAUCUCUUCAUAAGACAGAUAGUGAAUCCAUAACCAUUUUUAUUAGUGGUGUGGAUGAGUUACAAGUAGGCAUGUAAUGUAAUACUUAUGAGAUUUUACAAAUAGUUUAAAAAUUUUUUUGUCAUGCUACAAUAAUAUUUGUUUAGAUAACCCAUGAUGCCAGAAAAAAAAUAUUUCAGUGGAAUUUUCCAAUACUGUAAAUUUUUAAGAUUUUGUUUAUACUAUUUUACACUUUUCUCUUUUUAGAAUUAUUCAGAGGAAGAGCGUCUUAGAAAAUAGGUUUUAUUCCAUGUGAAUUUUCAUUUAUUCAUGCAUGAUUGAUUUUGGAUUAGUUCUUUAAUUAAUUAAAUUGGAAUUACCAAUUAAAAACAGUACAUAACUAAAAGGAUGAUCGUGAAUCGUGUGUGAGUGAGAUAACUUAAUUAAAAAAAAAAAAAAACUUCUUGUUUAGUGAUGUACUUUGUUUUAUAUGUGUAUGUAUGUUGUACCUGUAGUUAUAUAUAGUCCUUGCUGUGAUGUGACAAAGGUUGUGACUAAUAAUACGGGUAUUACAUAGAAAUGUAGGUAAGAUACUAGAUAUUUAUUUAUUUUAUUCAUGUACAUAUAUUGCAUUUUUAAUAUGCAGUUGAAUGCAUGUAAAUUUUACAAAUAAAUUUUAUAUUUCCAGAUAU